UUUAAGAGCAGAGCACUGCGGCACAACUUCCCCUUGUGUGCCUUGUGCUGCCCUGUGUGGGAGACCUCUGAGCCUGGGCUCAGCCCUCGGCCCCACAAACUGCAUCCUGACUGCUGGGACAAGGUCUUGGAAGAGUUCUGGAAAGUUACUGAAGGAGAGAGUAGAGUGAUUAAAGACAAUGGAUCCAGACUUUUUAAAUAUAUUUACACAGCCUUCUACACUUGAUCGAUUCCUAACUGAGGAUGUUAUCACUAAAGGCGAGAAGAGGAAACUCAUAAAACCGACCUCAAGCAACAACCGCAAACUGGAAGAAUUGAAACUGUUCUUGACUGAGUGGAUCAACAGAACUCUGAAAGAGGAACACAUAGUAGUUAAGAGUCUGGAGGAAGACCUGUAUGAUGGGCUGGUGCUUCAUCAUCUCCUGGAAAACUUAGGCUCUCUCAAGCUGGAUGUUGACAAGAUUGCAUUAACAGAAAAAAAACAGCGACAGAAACUCUCUGUGAUUCUGGAAGCUGUGGCCAAGUGUUUGCAACUGGAAGAAAGUCAGCUGAAAUGGAGUGUGGAAUCUAUCUUGGCAAAGGACUUACUGAGCACACUGCAUCUUCUGGUUGCAAUAGCAAAGCACUUCGAGCCCACCCUGGCUCUGCCUCCAAAUGUUCAAGUGGAGACAAUCACCAUUGAGACCACCUCCAGAGGAUUAAAGACAUCAAACGGGGUGGAAAAUAUAACAGAAAACAAAGAGAAUAUAGAAGCGCAGUCAAAAGAUGAUGCCUUUGAUGAAUUAUUCAACUGUGCUCCAGAUAAACUGGAUGCUGUAAAAAAGGCACUCUUGCAAUUUGUUGACCAGAAUGUUGGAAAAUUAGGGUUAAAUGUGAGAGACAUCGAAUCUCAGUUUUCAGAUGGAGUUAUCUUACUUCUUUUAAUUGGACAACUAGAGGGUUACUUUCUGAAUUUAAGGAAUUUCUUCCUGACUCCGGCCAGCACCAUGGAGAUGCUCCACAACAUUAACCUGGCAUUGGAGUUGCUAGCAGAGGGAGGUCUUCUGAAUUUUCAUGUGAAUUCUGAAGAUAUUGUGAACGGAGAUAUGAAGGCGAUAAUGCGAGUUCUGUAUUGCUUGUAUUCCAAAUACAGAACCAAAGAAGCAUGAAGAACAAGGCCAAGUGCUUGAGCUACCUUUUUUUUUGUUGGGUUUGGGUUUUUUUUUUCCCCUAGCGGGCCAUGAGGUGAUUUUUUGAUUCCCAGCUCUGUUUGCCACUGUUUCUGGGCAUGCACUGGUGUUUGACACCUGCUGUGUUAACAUUGUAUAGCAAAUGUGUUGUUCAUUCAAGGUUUCACAAACACAGCCUGAGCAACUGUAGCUCUUGUUCCAGAUCCUGCCUUCUGUUUUCGUUGAGCCCCCUCAACGUGCAAAGAAAUUAAAUGUAUGUUUAUUCUGGGCUCUGCAUUCUUUUCUCCUGAAGGUGACUUUGAAAGUUGUUGCAUCCUCCCCAUUUUCCUGCUGUGGGAAAUCAUUUGGGAAACUCGUGAAGAGAAAGACCCACCGGGGUGGGAAGGCUAAGACACACCUGAAGUUCAAAGCCUGCUUCAGAGAGGUGGCCAGUGCUGUCAGUCAAGAGGCUAUGAAUUGGAUGCCAAAUGAAUAGGUAGCAAAAAUGAAAUCUGAAUUUACCAAGUGUUUGAUAAAUGAUUCAGUGCUCAUUUGCUCAAAUAUGGAAAAGGCACUCAGAACAAUACACUGGUGUGAGACUGUGCCAGGAACAGGGGGUUCUCCUGCACAGCUGUAGAAAGAUGCUCUUAUUUUCCUUGCUAAGCCAGUGCCAAACUGUGUCCAGCUCCAAUUGCAGCCCUGACACAAACUCUAAUUAGCAGGGAUGCCAAUCCCUGUCAAGCAUGACGUGAGGAGUCAAACGUCUGCACUUUGUCUGCAGUAAGAGGUGGGAAGCUGCUGGCUGGGCUCUGCAGCUGGUGGAGGUAGAGCCACUACAGGUGGGAGCAGUGAAAUCCUAUUUCCCACCACCUCUGACAGCUGGGUCAUCUCAAACUCCUCAGGUGAGGUGAAUUCACUCCUAGGUGAAUUUUUCAGCCUCCAUCCUCAGCCUCCCAGCAGUUUCCUCUGCAUGCAUCAAGGUAGCCGUGAUUUAUUAAUGGUCACCCUUGGUCAUUCUUGGGGGAUUUAAAUCAGAACUCCUUUCAAAACCUUCAUCUACUCUCUUGACCUUAAACUUACAUCAUGUUGCAUAAAACUAUAGAUAUAACUAGGGAAAAAAAAAAAAAAAGCUUCAGGAUUUUUUUUUGCUUCCAUCUAAACUGAUUAAAUUUCUUGCCAUUGGUAACUCUGACAUUUGAUCUCUGGUCUGAUCCUCCAUCUGUGUGUUAACAGGAAACCAGAGCUCACCGAGUGCAAGUGCUGACAUUUACAGAGGAGAAUUUGUUGUGUCUGCCUCUGGAUCAUGCAGCCCAGGGAAGAUCCUUAGACAGCAAUGCUGAUAAGUCUUUUGAAAAUGGGAGCCAUCCUCACAGUAGCUGCUCUAAGUCUCCUUGGCAAUUCGUCUUUCAAACCAUGAAAGCAACUCAUUCAAAUUCUUCCUCUCCAUGAGCACUCCAUGAGCUGUGUUUGUGUCUGUAUGAAGGGACCUUGCUGUUCCUUCUCUUACAAGCUGCUAAAAUUUCCCCAAAGAGUAAAAGUCAUUGUCAGUU